UCCUAGAGUCACAUUGUUCUGUCUUUUUCUCUCUCGUUGUAUCUUGUUUGUGUUGUGUGUAAAAUAGACAUGGGAGACAUUGCAGAAGAACAUGAAUCGGAGAAGGUUGAGAUCGUCCUCAAAACUAUUGGUCCUGCACGCCCCUCUCGCCUCCUCGUUCCCUCUACCAUCAAGGUGCGUGAUUUGAGAAGAUUAAUUGCCGGGAAUGAUCAUUUACCAAUUGACAAUUUGAGUCUUAUUCUCCGCGGAACUGCAUUAUGUGAUGUGAAAAAUGGAGAUGACGUAUACAUACAACUCAAUGAUGGAGAUUGCUUGAUUGUUGCUGUCAAACCAAAGCCACCAGUGAAGGAUGGAUAUGACAAUGAUGAUGAAGAUGAAGAUCUGAAGUUUCGGCUUCCCCAUUCAUCAAGUUGGUGGAAGAAGAGGCUAUACACUUUUCUACAUGAUAACUUGAAGCUUCCUGAUAUCCUUUUGAUGGUAAUUUUCACUCUGAGUCUGAAGGCAUGGGUUUUCAUAAUUAUGUGGUUUAUGUUGGCACCUGUUGCUCAUAGAUGGGAUCUCGGACCUUUGUAUAUAAUUGCUACUGGCUUUUGUCUCAUCAUCUUCAAUCUUGGAAAACGCCGAGCUGGUGACGUCAGUGCAUAUUCUAUCUUCAAUGAAGACUUCAGAGAGCUUCCGGGGACGCUUAAUGCAGAUCGGUUUGAUAGAGAUAUAAGAGCAGGACAGUUUUGAGCUCUCGUGCACUCCUUCCUACCACCCAAUCACUGAUGUCAUUGUCAUGUCACAGGAUGUAUAUCUGCACAAUCACAAGGAGAUGUUGACUAGCCAAAGAGUUAACAACUACACACCUUUUUAGCUAUGCAUUAUAUAGACCAGCCCUGGUACCGAUGAAAAUGACAAGUUUUCUGUUUAGUUUUGACCUUCCUUUAACUGGAGGCUCGUUCUGUAUAUAUAUAGUACGUUGUAUUUAUGUGUGAGAUGAACAUUUCCUUAUGGACAACUGUGUCUCUGGUCCCAAAGUUCCUCUGUUUAUGAGUUUCAGAGUUUACACUUAGACAUGUAUGCAGAGGCUUGUCAGGAUUCAAAAGUUGACAGCGGUGUUUGAAUACUGGGUGUUACACCGCGGAAUUAUUCUAGCUCUCGAGUUUUCAACUUUUAUUAUAAAUUUUGUAAUUUUAUUAUUAUUAUUAUG